AUGGCGUACAUCAAUGAGGCCAAGGACCUCAAGGUCGCUCCAGCCCCGGAUGCCAGCGACGACAUCCGAGUCGCCAGUUCCUCGGACAUCAAAACAGGCGAUGAUAGCCAUGAAGUCUUCAAGCAAGCAGAUGGCAAGGUCAAUUUCCGCACCGUUAGCUGGAUCCGUGCAUCAGCUAUCUUCCUGAAGAGUAUGUCCCCAACUAUGCUGUUCGCAACCGGCAUCCUCUCCAUUCCAUCUGUGAUGUAUGAUCUGGGGGCCUUCCCCGGUGCCGUCAACCUGGUAGGAUGGUGUGUCCUCAAUGCCUACGGAGCCAUAAUCCUGGGCAACUUUCGCACUCUAUACCCACAAUGUCACUCCGUGGCCGAUAUGGCUCAGCUCAUAGGAGGCCCCAUGCUCCGCGAGGUGGUCGGCUUCAUGUUCAUCGUGACAUAUGUGAUCACCGCCGCAUCAGGGAUAAUUGGCGUCUCUGCCGCAUUCAACGCCCUCUCCCUUCAUUCCCUCUGCACGGUGUGGUUCUCAUUGAUCUCUACCAUCAUCAUCGCAGGCUUUGCCAGCGUACGCAAAUUCUCCCACAUCGGGUGGCUCACCUGGGUGGGCUUCGUUAGCAUUCUAGCCGCAGUUCUCAUCGUCGUCAUCGGGGUAACAACCCGCUCCCGCCCAGCCAUAGCCCCCCAAACAGGUCCCUACGACCUAGGCUACCGCGCAAUCGGCUCCCCGACCUUCGCAGCAGGAAUAACCGCCUCGGCCACGAUAUUCGUCUCCAGCGCCGCAACAUCCGCCUUCCUGCCCGUGAUCUCCGAAAUGCGCAAACCCAAAGACUACCCGAAAGCGGUCUACCUGUGUAUGUCAUUCGUAACAUCCUCCUACCUCGCCUUCGCACUAGUAAUCUACGCCUGGUGCGGGAAAUGGAUCGCCUCCCCGGCGCUCGGCAGCGCCGGCACGACCAUCAAGCGCGUCGCCUAUGGCAUCGCCCUACCAGGCCUGAUCGUCAGCGGCUCGCUCUACGUACACGUAGCAGCAAAGUACCUCUUCGUUCGAAUCCUGCGCCACUCGCGCCACCUGCAAGCCAACACAGUCGUGCACUGGGGUACGUGGUUGAGUUGCACGAUAGGAUUAGCUGCGAUUGCAUUUAUCCUGGCGUGUGCAAUUCCUAUCUUCACGUAUGUGUUGGCACUAGUGGGGAGCUUGGGUUUCGCGCCGCUGGCGCUGUGUUUGCCGGGGUGGUUGUGGUUGUAUAGUCAUGGGGAGUAUUGGAAGUCUGGAGGGGUGGUGAAGCGGGUGGUGUAUUUGUUGCAUGUGUUGUUGAUUCUCCUGGGCGCGUUUAUGACGGUGGGUGGGACGUAUGGGGUUAUUGUGCAGAUUAUGGAUGCUUAUAGGGAUGGGCAGAUUGAUGGGGUGUUUUCGUGUGCGGAUAAUAGUGGUUCUACCUGA